AUUUCUGAAUGAUUCUGGAUUCUAGAAACCUUGGUCCAUGUAUUUGCUGAAACAUGAGAAAUGGAAACCCAAUCAAUAGGAAUGUCAUGAGGUAGUUAAAUUAUGGUGGCCAUGUAGGAUGUUGCGGACAUCAGACUGAAGUACGUGGAUUAUUCAUUCAUCAUGAGCUGCACAGAGAAACAACAUGUGAGCCGUAAAUCAAACAUGAAGCACCCUUCGAACCUGGACAGUUUUAUGGAUGAGGCAGACCGAGAGGUUAUGAGCCUUACAGACCGUGCCUUUAAGAGUCUGUGCAUCGGUGAUGAGGCAAUCUACAAUGACUCAGAGCUUUUACCUUCUCCAGUUGACUGUCACAAGCCAAUAGCUGAAGAGAAAACAAAAAAGCAUGGAGCUCACCGUCCAAAUGGAGUGUACAACACAGCUUGGCAGAUAAAUAAAACCACGUCAAAGAUGUCAUCACUUUUUGCUGCGUUUGUAGCUAAGAAAAACACUGACACAAAAAUGACAAACGGCGACUCAUGGGACAAAUCAGCACUGCUUAGCAUCCAAACAGAGCUAUCUUCAGAUUAUCAAAACCAACUUACUGCUGAACACGUCAAGAGUCAUCGUAAGCGCUCUGAAAAAGGAACUGUUAAUAAAUUGAUCCAGGAUACGAACAAUUCAUCAGCUAAAUCAGCUAAAAAUCAACAUAGCAAAUCCACUAAGCUGAGAAAACUGAAUUCCAAAAACUUUUUUCUUCACAGUGAAUUCAGCCCAUUCCAGUCCUGGGGAGACUUGAAUAGGUAUGGACUGGAGCACAUGGAGAUGUUUCCAUGCAAUAGCCCAGCUGGAUUGAAUAAAUCCCCAGUUUACAGUCAACUAAACAAUUCAAACAGAUUACAUGUACCAGAGCCAAAUCAAAGAGAGACAAGCCAAAGCACCUCACCUUUGGAACCUCAAAAUAAGUCUAAAUCUGAUUUAUCACAAUGUAAAACACAAACGUUGACAACGGUACCGCCGGUACCGGACAAAAAUUCUGAGCAAAAUUUCCAGAAACAAACAAACAUUCAGAAUGAGACUGUUCAGACACAAGUGCUGUUGACCUCGUCCGAAUCGUUUCCGAGGUGUCAGUCUGAUGGGGACCUUCCUGCUCCUUGGAGGAAAAGUCGAAGCAGGGCAAAAGGUGUCGCCCAGCCACUUAUCAGUUUAACUGCCUCUGAAAGGUCUAACACUGGAGAGGAGGGUGCAAUACCAAAUACAACUCAGGUCAGGACAGUGGAAGAAGCAACCUGCUUAAAUUUAACUCCAUUCAGUAUUUCACAACUGUUGACACCAGUCAUACCCUCCAGGCAGGGUACAGGAACCUCAGAGAUACUGCAGUCUCUUCACUCACCUGGGGCCCUCGAUAUCCCAGCAAUCCAUGAGAAUGAGAUUUGUCAAUCACCUGAUAUCAAACGAGAAGGAUACAAAUCCAAGGCGUCAAGUUUGUUAUUUAAUCUUAAGGACAAUAGAAAACGAGUCAAGGCAACUUACAACCCACCACAGUUUAAAGUUUUAGAUGCAGCUGAGCAAAAUAAGUUGUCUCCGCUAAUUGAGAACGAUGUCACCAAAAAUAUUCAGAAAAGUCCAGAAAUUAGAGAUGCUAAAACCACAUCAGCUGUUCAGAAAACUAAUUUGAAUCCAAAGAGCCCUGAGACUGCAGACAUGCAAAGCGCACAAUCCAGCGGUCAUAUAAAUAGUGCAUUGCCAGAUGACUUUUUGGGACUUAGUCUACUGCAAGAUUUGAAUAGAGACUUUAUACAUUCAAAAUCAAAAACAAAUCCUUUGGCUAAAGUUACAUACCCAUCUUUAAAUUUGUACCGGAAAUCUAGUCCAAUAGAUUUGAAUACUAAAACCAUGCCAGUGGAUGUCCAUGGCUCUCAUCCUACAAGUGCAGAACAGAAGCUAAACAAAGAGAAGGGAAGAAAGGAAAUGCAAAGAAAACAUCAAUUGACUAAGCCAAAAAUAAACAAUGUUAACCAUGAAUAUACUAAUCAGAACCAUGAUGAAACGUCAAACAAGGCACUAAAUGAGAAAAACAAUGCUGUAGAUCUAAAGGAAAAAUAUAUUCCUGCUGUAUUAAAGAAGCACACUGCACAAAAAGAUGCCUUGACUAUUUCAGGUAGUAGGAACAAAGAAAAAAUUGAUACAGGAGGAAUAUUUACGGCAGAUGAAAGGCUUAUCAAAAAUAAAGAAAGUAACAGGAAGGAAACAACGCCUAAACAUUUAUUUUCUGCAAGACAAAAUAACUACAUCAAAAAUCAAAGAUAUGUGAAUGUAGAUGAAGGUAAUAAUGAAGAAUGUGAAUACUGGCAAGAGAAUGUCAUCGCAGCAGGAAGGGAUGAGCCACGGAAGGAAGGAUUGAAUGAAGAUGUGUACAAGGGAAACGGACAGGAAAAUAGGGACACUCCUCGUAUCAAAGACAGUGCUACAAAUGAUGCUGGUACAAAAAAUUAUCAAUGGAUACCAUCCCAGAAAGAACCAGGUAUAGACACUGAAAAAGGAGCAGCCAAAAAUGAUGCUUCCUCUAUGAAAGGAAACACUUCAGCAAAAAUAGCACUGUUUAGUUUAAGGGAACAACCACUGAAUACGGUCCCAGGCUCAAAGAAGAAGAACAUCAUAAAGGAUAAGUAUGAGCUAGCCACAGUGGCUUUAGAGAAAAGAAUAGCAGAGAGAGAGCAAAGAGAAAAGCUUAGUGGUAGGCAAAGUGAGCUUGAUGUACCCAUUAAUCAAGAGAGUAUGCUAGCGUCGAAUCAGAAAAAGGGAGGUCAGGAAGCCAUUUCUGAUUUUACAUCAACUUGCCAAAAUGGUCGUAGCAUGUCAGGCAUAGACACCUUCCAUGGUGAAAGUCAUGUGCCUGUGUUAAAAUUAGAAGAACCUUAUAAGCAGGAAGGUGCUGCAAAGCACAGCCCAAGUAGACUGAUAUUUACAGCCAGGGAAAGAUCUGACAAACAUGGUCAAUAUGGUGAUAUCAACUCAAUGGCUGAUGUUACUCAACUCACAGAAACAGUGUGUAUGCCUAAAAAUAUAAGCCUUGAUCAAGGAAUCUCAGUAGUUCAGGACUAUAUCGACAGUAACCUCAGCAGAAUGGGUGAUGAUUUUGAGUCUUCUAACCACACAAAGAAGGGCUCUUGUAAACCUGAGGCACCUCCUGGAAGAGAAAGAACAAAUUCCCCCCAAAGUGAAGACAUAGGCAUGUAUGAAAGUAAAAGAAAGGAAGAUGUAAGGAGUUUUGAGAAAUCAGUAAAAAAUGAAGACUGUUUAUUUAAUAUAUCUAAUCUACCAAGAGAUGAAGGACCAGUAAAGGGCCAUGUGUCAUCACUGAUUGAAAAAAUUGAUAGAAAACAAGUAAGGCCAAGGCUGAAUGUUCAAGAUGUUUCGAGGCAAGAAGAGGGUCUCAUGGUCUAUCCUGGGAAUAACUCUUUAAAACAAAAAGCAAUUUCACCAAAGGAUAUGCUGGAUUUUCCUGAAGUUGAAGGAAAUUUAACAAAAGUUAAUUAUGAUGCAAGAGAAAAAGAAUCAGACAGCAAAGAACUGCCUGACAAAGAUUCAAAACUAGCCAUCAAAAAUGAAUUAAAUCUAGAUGAAGAAAUGGCUGAGAAAGAGGGAUUUCAAAUCAAUAAUAAAGAUGUCACAAGGAAUGCAGUGGACAAAAAUAAUGUGACUGGAACAGAGAAUGAAAGUAUUUCUAAUAGUUUUAGAACAACAGGUGACAAGAACAAAUCCGAAAAUUAUAGUGAAAGUCCUAGCAAAGAGUAUUUAGCUGAGUAUUUUGAGAAAUUUGAUGAACCUGAUGUUGAACCUGAGCAAACCUUGAACCUGGUAACCCCUAAAAGUGCUCCUGUAGAUAGGGUAACCCUUUAUGAUAUUCUUUAUCAAACAGAACCUUCAUUGUUGAAAGAUAUGAAACAAAUAGAACAGGGCAAUAUGUUGUCCAAACUACCAGAGGACUCUUCCUUUACACAGAAAACAGAGUCUCCAUCUCUGAAUGAAGGUAAAGAAAGAAAAUGUGAGAAUUUAGACACAACAGAUUUCUGUUCCAGUAGCGACUCUAAAAGUACAUCCCAUAACUUAGACAUGGCAGUUCCUCUUCCCAAAGAUGUGGAAAAAGGAGGAUGGGUGCACUGUUUGAUUGAAUCAGCUCGCAAUCUAACACCAACCUGCCAGUCAAAUGGCUCCUCUCCCAUACUGGGAAAACCUGCUUUAUUUAAGGUGAAAGACAACACAUUCAGUGCAUCCCCUGUUACCAAAACUGUAAGACCAACACUCCAUAAAACUAUUGCAGGUGUAACACAGCCAUGGUCUCCUAGAGAAAGCUUAAGUGGGUCAGAAAGAGGUGAAGAAGAUCAAGACCUUUUCAAAGACAUUGUGGAUGUGCAUAAUUCAACUUUGCCCUCCACACCUGUCCGAGUCACCCAGCCAAACCAGUCAUCAAUACAGGUUUUGCCCCCUCCAUCCUUUCAACCCACCACAGAACAUGAGGAAAAAGGGCUAACGGAUGGUUCCACAGUGCCAGAAGAAGAGAAGUGGCCAUUGGUUAUAUGUUCGGUUUCAGAGGAAAACGAAAACUAUGAACAAAGUCCAGGUGACACGGUGGAGGAGAUCACAUUCAAGACUGUACCUAAAGACAGCACAGAGGAAUCAAAAGCACCAAGUGAGAGAUCUGAAUCAGUUUGUAGUGGCACUGAAAAUCAACCCCAGGGUAAACCACCUGCUGUCCCACCAAAAUCGGAAAAAGCACUGCGUCGUGCCAUGAAGCUGACCACAAUGAGGAUUCAGAAAGCAGAGGCUAAAAGUAAAUCAGAGCGUGGUCGGAGCAGCGAGAAGGGUUCCAGUCAGAAACGUGAGAGGAGGCACCACAGUAGUGAUAAACUUCUCAGUGACAGAUCAUACCAAAAAGAACUAAGUACGGACAGAGGUAGCAGUAACCAAAGCACUGGUGAAAACACCAGUGAGACAUUUCCUCUAAAUCCUAACACAGGUGGAAGGCAUACCACACAGCAUAAUAAAUCAAGUAGUCGUAGAAAGGAGAAAGAGACUGGAAAGAAACUCCAGCAAGGGCGCCAUAGCAGUCUCAUCAAUACGGAUAGUGAUCCCAAGGGCUGUGUGGCUGUAAAACAAAACGAAAAUAAUUUACAACAGAAAGAUCAGUUUGAUACCCAGAAUAUAAAUGCUGACUCUCAGAGAUUGGGACGUACCAGUGAGAAAUACCAACCACAUAAGAUGUACCGCAGGGCUCAAAGUUUGGACAGAUUUGCAAGUGGCAAACAUGAGCACAUGUUACUUGAUUCAGAAAAUCCAGCAUGUAAAACUAAUACUGAGACAAUAAAGAAACUGGGCCCAGCACAGACAGCACCUUUGAGACAAAACAGCAUUGAGAACACUUAUGGCUCUCCAGCAAACAACAUCUUACCACAUUCUUUCCCAAUGACCCAAAGGAAGCUUUUGCAGGAUCUUGAUUCUGGACAGUACUUUGUGGUGGACAUGCCAGUGCAGGUCAAGACAAAAACCUUCUUUGAUCCAGAGACAGGAAGAUACGUCCAACUGCCAGUUCAGUCACUUGAAGGGUCUGUACCACGGGCACAAUCUGUAGAAGUUGUGAAUGCACCUCCACUUAUGCUGUAUCAUGGCUUUGUUCCAGUGCCUGGCUUAUCCUUACCAUAACCAAAAUCCUUUUUAAAAGCAUUUGUCUGCAUAUUUGGUCUCAUCUCAGGCCAGUGAAAUAAGCAUGACGAGCUUUAUCAAAAGUACAAAAGAGAGUCUCAGCCCUACCUGGAGGCUGUGUGUGUAUUGGAAGAGCACUUUUAAAUAAAUGUAAUUGGAAUUUGAUUGUGUUUAAGUCAAAUACCCUAUCUUACAUUCUCAUGGACAAUUAGGAUUCGAUUCCGUCAGUCACCAGGGGGCACAAACCAGUGCACUCUCAGUCCAAAUACAAUGGGGAGGGUUGCAUCAGGAAGGGCAUCUGGUGUAAAACCUGUGCCAUAUCAACCUUGGGAAUUGAAUUGCAGCCCCAAUAAAAAGAACAACUGCACAGAUGUUGAUGAAUACAAUUACAUUAUAGACCAAUAAAUGGUCUUGGAAUACAGUGAGUCUGAAUUCAGGCAUUAGUAUUUUUGUCAUAACUAAAUAUAUAUGUUUUUUACAUAUUUUGCUCCUAGCUCUAAAAUAUAAUAGUUUUCCUCCCGCAUUUGGUAUUGGCCUUUGGGAUUUUCUAACGAUUAUGUAUUUUAUGAUGUUGGACUGGGUUAUUAUGCUAUUACAUGAAUGCAGAAAAAUAGUGAAUUUUCAUUGUUGACAUUCUUUGCCAUAAAGUUUCUUUUGCAGAUGACAAAAUGCACUGAUUAAAUAGAGAAAAGUGAAAAUAGUGGCUUUAUGUCUUAAACGGCAUAUUUAAAGGCUUAAUUAGAUGUUACCUAUGUAUUUAGUGUAUUUAUGUAAUAAUUUGUGUAUUUGAAAUGACUGAUUGAUUUCAUGAGGCUAUGUUGCUGGCUUCAUAAGAUGUAAACCAUUCCAAUAAAAACACUCAACAAAUGUCUAAUAUUUCAUAUUAAGUAAGAAUGACCAGUUUUAAGUGACUGGUCUAAAUAAACUACUGUUUAGAUCAA